AUGUCACCGGCGGCGGCGUGGUGUGCGCAGCACCGCCUCCGGUUCCUCCUACCGUCCCUCUUCCUCGCGCCCGUCCUCUUCUUCCUCCUUUCGCCGCCGUCCUCUCCGCCCGUCUUCAGCCUCCCCGCCCCCGGAGAGCUGCCUCCUUCGGGCUCGCGGCUCAUAUGGGCGCAGCGGCGGCUCGUGGAGUGGCGCCCGUGCGGGUGGUGGCGGACGGCACCAGUGCAAGCUCCGUCCAGGACGAACGGGUACAUCCGAAUAGACUGCUACGGCGGUCUCAACCAGCUGCGACGUGAUCUAUGUGACGGAAUUGGGGUUGCACGUCUUCUAAAUGCAACAAUGGUUCUACCCAAGUUUGAGGUGGCCGCCUAUUGGAAUGAGUCUAGUGGCUUUGCAGAUGUUUUCGAUGUUGAUUACUUCAUUGAGCAGACUAGAGGAUAUGUGGAAGUUGUGAAGGACUUGCCUGCAGCGAUAGCAUCCAAAGAGCCGUUCAAGGUUGACUGCAGUAAACGGAAAGGACAUUUUGAUUAUGUUGAAAGUGUACUUCCAGCUCUCUUGGAGCAUCAAUACAUCUCACUGACACCUGCCAUGAAUCAAAGAAGAGAUAGAAACCCCUCAUAUGCAAAAGCUUCAUACUGUCAAGGCUGCUACAGUGCUCUCAGGUUGAACAAGAAAGUGCAUUCCAAAGCUGUUGAGCUUCUCCAAGCUAUACCAAAACCCUUCUUAUCCCUUCACCUGAGAUUUGAACCAGAUAUGGUUGCCUACAGUCGGUGUGCAUACACUGGUCUUUCUUCCAAAUCAAUGGACUCCAUUGAAUCUGCGCGUGGGGAGGGUAGGAAAGUAUUGACUGGUGAUGCUGCCCACCUGUGGAGGAACCGUGGCAAGUGCCCUCUAACACCAAGUGAAACAGCAUUUAUCCUCCAAGCGCUAGACGUUCCUACAAAUACAAACAUUUAUUUAGCUGCUGGUGAUGGGCUAAUGGAGCUUGAGGGUUUCACAUCCGUUUACAAAAAUAUAUACACUAAAUCAUCUCUCCUGGCUCAUGAAGAUUUUGAGAAUAUGCAUGGCAACACAAAAGCUGCUCUUGACUACUAUGUUUCAGUCAAAAGUGAUGCCUACAUUGCCACAUUCUUUGGAAAUAUGGAUAAGAUGGUAACUGCAAUGAGAACAAUGCAAGGUCUCCAGAAGACACUGGUCUUGAGCAGGAGGGCUUUCGCAAAUUACACUGCCACUGGACUAGCAGGAGAACAACUGGCUAAGGCUAUGUGGGAUGCUCAUCGAGAGGAAUAUAUCAGAGGCAGGGGAUCGGCUCUGCCCGAGUACUGCUUUUGUGAGUUCAAAUUGUAG